CCUAGAGGGGUUAGGAUUGGUGCACAUCAAAUGCAGAUUAGUGUUCGUUCAGUACUUGAGGCUCAUUCUGAAGAUUGAAAUUAAAUACCCAGAGCUCACACGGGGGUUUGCGGUUCCAUAUUCACCUCUGGGAUUCGGAGCUGUGCAUCUAGAAAGAGGAUGCAGGAGUUUUCGAGUCAUUGGGUUGGAGACUUCAGGUUUUUGAGGUUUGGGGUCAGAGAAGGGGGUCCGUUGAGUUCGCGAGUUUACAGAAUUUGUUCAUGGCCAAGGGGAAGUCAUUAGCGAUAAAAGGGUGGGUGCAUGUUUUUGAAGGCAACUGAUUUUCUGAAUUGGGAAGACAUUUGUGGUGGGAGACAGGACUGUACUGAACUUCUGAGUUUCCAUCUGAGUGCAAUUCUUCCGUUGGCGUUUGAGGUUUAGGUAGCAAUCUCCAUCAUGCUCAAAGCUGUGAUCCUCAUUGGAGGCCCUCAAAAGGGCACCCGCUUCAGGCCUUUGUCUUUUGAGGUGCCCAAACCACUGUUUCCUGUGGCGGGCGUCCCUAUGAUCCAGCACCAUAUAGAAGCCUGUGCCCAGGUCCCUGGAAUGCAGGAGAUUCUGCUCCUUGGCUUCUACCAGCCUGAUGAGGCCCUCACCCAGUUCCUAGAGGCUGCCCAGCAGGAGUUUAACCUUCCAGUCAGGUACCUGCAGGAGUUUGCUCCCCUCGGCACAGGGGGUGGUCUCUACCAUUUUCGGGACCAGAUCCUGGCGGGGGCACCUGAGGCGUUCUUCGUGCUCAACGCCGAUGUCUGCUCUGACUUCCCCUUGAAUGCUAUGUUGGAAGCUCACAGACACCAGCGCCACCCUUUUUUACUCCUCGGCACCACAGCUAACAGGACACAGUCCCUCAACUACGGCUGCAUUGUUGAGAACCCGCAGACACAUGAGGUCCUGCACUAUGUGGAGAAACCUAGCACCUUUAUCAGUGACAUCAUCAACUGUGGCAUCUACCUUUUCUCCCCAGAAGCCCUGAAGCCUCUUCGGGAUGUUUUCCAACGGAAUCAGCAGGAUAGGCAACUCUGCCUUGCUCUGGGAGAGGAAUCUCCAGGCUCAUGGCCUGGGGCAGGGACCAUCCGACUGGAGCAGGAUGUGUUCUCAGCCCUGGCUGGGCAGGGCCAAAUCUACGUGCACCUCACCGAGGGCAUCUGGAGCCAGAUCAAGUCUGCAGGCUCAGCCCUCUAUGCCUCCCGCCUCUAUCUGAGCCGAUACCAGAUCACUCACCCAGAACGGCUGGCCAAACACACUCCAGGGGGCCCACGAAUCAGAGGAAAUGUCUACAUCCAUCCAACUGCUAAAGUGGCCCCAUCAGCUGUGCUGGGCCCCAAUGUCUCCAUUGGGAAGGGGGUGACUUUGGGCGAGGGUGUACGUCUGAGAGAGAGCAUUGUCCUCCAUGGAGCCACUUUGCAGGAGCACACCUGUGUCCUUCACAGCAUCGUGGGCUGGGGGAGCACUGUGGGGCGCUGGGCCCGCGUAGAGGGGACUCCCAAUGACCCCAACCCCAAUGAUCCCCGAGCCCGCAUGGACAGUGAGAGUCUCUUCAAGGAUGGAAAGCUACUUCCUGCCAUUACUAUCCUGGGCUGCCGUGUCCGGAUCCCUGCUGAGGUGCUCAUCUUGAACUCGAUUGUUCUGCCACACAAGGAGCUAAGUCGAAGCUUCACCAACCAAAUCAUCCUGUGAGGGUGCUGCCUAAAGGCCCCCAGGACUCCUGCUCACCUUCCUCUGGGCUGCUGCCUGCCUGGCCAGCUCUGUCCAGAAUGGAUCUGAGGAAACCACACAGAAUCUUGCCUUGCAGGGAGCCACGUGUGUGGCCGGGGACGUCUGGCCUCCCUCUCCACUCCCAAAUAAACCCCUAUGAACCUUG